GGGGGAGAAAGGCAAUAGGGGACUCUGGGGAGAACCGUGGGAAGAACAACGGGUCUGGGAAUGUGGGAACCUGUUGACACGUGUCUGCAGAUGCGUGCACGGGGAGGAAGAGAGCCUGGGCAGCUGGCAGAUGUAGCGAGAAAAUUUAGGCGGAAGGACUAGUGAGUUGGGGGUUGUUGAGAGAGGGUACAAAGGAAGCCGCUCUGGGACAGGAGGUCGUGGGAAUGGUGUUUUUUAUUGGGGUGGUGGCGGAUUCUGUCGUGAUGAGAUGGCUUUGUAGAAGGACCUAUAAAAGGGGAUGAACCAGUGCAGCAUAAACAACUGCCAGCAUGAAACGCAAGCAAUUACCUAUCCAGUUUACAAAGUUGUGCAUAUUUCUGCACUGAAACAGAAUGGACUGCUGCAGUCUCUAUCAGCAACACCCAGUGAUUUUAAGGAAUCAGAUAUUUCGGAGGAGGUACUACGAGUCCGUGAAGAAUGGGACAACAUAGCAAGCAUCCAUCCAGGAGGCAUUGUGGAGAAACCUCUUGGCCCGAUACCUUUGAUUUCUUUCAAUGAGGCACUGCAGUAUUUCCAAACAGCAGACCUCUCUGACUGUAGGAAGAAGAUUCGGCCAACCAUCCAAAGGAAAGGCCUGGCUGCCAUGGCCCAUUUCCUUUUUGGUCCUCCUCGUCUUCAUCAGCAGCUGCAGAGCGAGAGAGACUUGGCUUUGGCCAUCGCCCAGUGUGGUUUGGAUAAUAAUGAAAAAGUGCACAUGAGGAUCUUGCAAACUGUUUACAAGAAACUAACUGGCUCCCGAUUUGAUUGUGCCCGCUAUGGAGCCCACUGGGAAGAUCUUGGAUUUCAAGGAAUGGAUCCCAGCACAGACCUACGUGGAGCAGGGCUGCUAGGAUUGAUGCAAACACUUUAUUUUGUGAUGGAUUCCCGGAUAUUACCUGUAGCGCGAGAAAUUUUUAAGUUGUCCCAUCAUGAGGUUCAGAAUUUUCCUUUCUGUGUGAUGUCUAUCAAUAUUACCCGUAUUGUCAUUCAGGUUUUGAGGGAAGAACGCCUUUCCAGAGAAUGCAAUCGAAGGCAGCAGGUCAUUGCAGUGCUCAACGAUUUGUACGUGGCUGUAUUUUUACGGCUUUUCAACAUCUGGAAAACCCAGCAAAAGACCAUUUCUGAUUCUGGUUUUAUUCUAAAAGAAUUGGAAGCCUUUGCCAAAAAAAACCCAAAGCAGCUGCUAAGACACAUGGAGACAUUCAUGAACGGAAGCGCUGCAGCAGGAGGGGAUGAUAGUUUUCAGGCUCCUCCUUUCAGCUUGGAUGUUCUUGGUCCCAACUUAAGCUCUGGUACCGUUGACAGUAAGGAGUUGGAUUUCGCUAGCAUUGAUGACCUGGCGACUGAGAAAGCACAAGACAGUUGAUCUGGAUCCAGAACGGCGUGAGGAUCCUUGUAUGGGAUUAAACAGCAAAGGUGGUUGCUUUACAGCCUGUAGGGAGGCUCAGAGGAGGGCUGAUGCUCUUGAAAUGCUACUAAAGUAGAGAUACAGGACUCUGGUUGUAGGGCAGAGCAGCUGCCACAAGGUACAAUGAGAGCUCUCAGGGUGGAGCCUGGGAGAAAAAGCAGCCAGCUUCAUUCAAGAGUGAAGCAAUCUAGCCAGGAUCUGAUUUUCCCAGUCAGUAGCAUUAAAACUAAUUUGUAGCGGGGAGAGUGUAAAUCUGAUAUACGAAAAAGCAUUACACUCUCCUCCACUCCGCCAUGUUCUUCCAAUGUUCCAGCUAAGAAAUAUUAAUGUGUUACGGAUUGUGAAAUCUGAGCUCAUGUCAUUUUUUAAAAAAAAAUGAGUUGUAGUAUCUCCAGGCUUAGGUUCCUCCCCGCUUCAGUUACGUUUUUACCUCGACGUAUAAGAACGGAGUCCUUCUAUCAGUUGGGGGAGACAUUUAUUUCCAGAUGGCUUAUUCCUGACACUUUAUCAAUCCACAGGGCCUGCGUUUUGCUUGAAACAAGAUAAACAAAUGCAUAUUACUAAGUUGUACUGAAAUUGAGACACCCACAUUGAAAGCUGUGGAAAACAAUAAAGAGACCGCCAGCCGUGACACCGUAGCUGUUUUACUUUUAUGAAUGAUUAUCUAGCACUUUACAUCAAUGAGGCAAAUAAAGUUUUUUUUAGCCUCCGGCUGUGUGAUAAAACCAAGGUUAUUUCAUUCCCAUUCUUCUACUUCUCCUGGUUUUAGGGUGGCCUCUGGGUUUGAUAAUCGGC